AUGUUCUUUCGCGCCCUCGGACGGGUGUUUCGCGCCGUGCGAGGACCGUUUCAUCGACCGCUCGAACCGCUCUUGUGGCUCGCCUCGGUCGUGAGCGCGCGACGGGUGUGGUCGGGGACGGAGACGCUGGAGCGCGCGGCGGCGCGCGCGCGGAUGGAUGCGCGCUUGGCGAAGAUGCAUCCGGCGAGACGGGCGCUGCCGUUGAUCGCCGUCUUAGCGCAGUGGAAAGCGGAUGGGGCGCGGUGGCAGGUGGUGCCGGCGUACAUCGGUACCGGGCUGUGCAUGACGGUGAGCGCGGCGGGGAGUCGGUUGCCGUUGUGGGUGCGGCGGUGCGCGGCGUUCGGCGGGGGGGCGACGACGGCGGUGAGCGUCGCGAGCGGGAUCUUGAUCCCGGUGUUUCGAAUGCCCAAGCCCACGGGGCCGUAUAAGGUUGGGAAACGAACGCUGGAGUGGACGGAUAAGUCGAGGAAGAGUUGGUUGUUGAAGUCGAAGGGACGGGGGUCGUUUCCGGAACAUAGGAAAUUAAUGGCGAACGUGUGGUACCCGGCGUGCGAGGAUGGGUUGAAGGGGUUGAAGCACGUGAAGCAGGCGAACUGGCUCGAGCCAAAGCUCGCACGUUCGCUCGCGAUCAGCUUCUUUGCCCCGGGAUGGUGCGUGAAUUACUUUAGACUGGUGCGCAUGGAGGCGUACGAGGACGCGCCCGUGGCGAGUGGAAAGUUCCCGGUGAUAAUGUUUUCACACUCCUUCUCGGGGAUGAAGGAGCAGAACAGCGCGCUGUUGCAAGAGCUCGCGAGUUGGGGAUACAUCGUCGUCACCGUGGAUCAUCCGCACGACGCAGCGUUGGUGCUGUACCCCGACGGGUCGACGGCUGAUUUCAGAGGAUACGACAUGCCGAACGACAAGGUUCCGUUCGACUGGUGGAAAUUUAGAAACACGCACCUACGCUGGCGCGCACUGGACGUUCUCCACGCCCUGGACCAGGCGAUCGCGAUGAAUGAUGACGAGGAGAAUGAUUUCUACGGUCGGUUCGAUGUAACACGCGUUGCGGCGAUCGGUCACUCGUUCGGCGGCGCCGCGGUGGGCAUGUUGUCACAGAUGGAUCCUCGAAUUAAGUGCGUGAUCAUGCUCGACCCUUGGAUGUGGCCCUUCGGGUACGAGCGCAUGAUGCAAGGGCUCCCGUGUCCGCUUCUCGCGUUCGAGGCGCCCAGAUUUCUGGGUAACCGUGACAUUUUUUGCGUAUCAAACUCGGAGAUGAUUUCCACGCUGUGCGCGAGAACGGCGCCCGCGGCGUGCUCGAAAGAGGUCGAGCCGAAACGUUUGUUCGACAUUUUGGAGCGCGUCGAUGAGAGUUCAUCGGAGUCCGAGCUCAACAAGGAAGCGCGUGAGGCGAGCGAAUCGACCGAGGACGACAAGCGUCGCGAGGGCCGCGACGCCGAGCGAACGUCCGUGGACGGUCGUCCGCCGUCUCCUGGACGUCCUCCGCGUCAUCCGCGGCGUUCGAACGGAGCCGAUUCGAAUGAUGGUAUGCAGUUCACGAAGGGUAUGGGUCUGGCGGCGAGCAGAAAUAGUAGUUGGGGGUCGUUCAUGUCAGCGGACGAGAUGCGCGAUCCGAGCGGAGUGGCGUUCAAGGCGGUGAUCGAGCAGACGAUGCACUUUGAUUUUACCGAUCUCGCCAUGGUCGCGCCGUUCACCUCGCGUCUUCUCGGUGUCGUCGCGGUUGGUGGGUACGAGAUUCACGAGCUGAGCACCGCGGCGUGCUUGCGCUUUUUGCACGCAUACAAUCAUCCGCACAACGACACGCACAUUUUGAGCGCGGAGGAACUCGACGCGCAGGCGCGUGCAAUCUAUCCGGGGCCAUGGAAGGGAUGCGCGUUUGAUGAGCGUGUUAAAGGCGACGCGCACGAUCCGAAACGUCAAUCGACACCGUUGAAGACGGUGCGCGACGAGAUGAUGCGCAUGCCCUCGACGGGUUGGGAGAAGAAGGGCGGCAUCUGUAGGUGGGUUCCCACGAAUGAGUUCACGCUUGAUCCCGAACGGCCGUGGACGGACGAACAAAAUCGUGAGGUUCGUUGGUUGUGCGCUGAGACGGAAGACAAGGGCGUGCAACUGUCGGAUAGAGACUUGCACUGCAUGUUCCCGACGCGAACGCCGAUGAGCACUCGUGGGGCUAUCAAGGCGUAUCGCGAGUGCGACGACGUUUUCCCGGAACCAGAGAAGUUGGCGUGGCUAUCGCAAGCGCUCCUCGAUGGAGACGCGUCGGAGUCGAUGCCUAAUUACGAUGCGCUUAGGCCGUGA